CGAUCGUUUUUGUUUUAUGUGUGCCAAGCUGCAAAUGAACAGAAAACCCCAUAAACAACAUUUUUAAGCGUUCGACGCAUAAUUAAUUAUAAUUAUAAUUAAUACAAAAGCAUGGGAACGACAAAUUUCGUUAACAAAUCUAAAUAUUAUUAAGCCCAGUAUUAACGAUCAAAUGACGCGUUCACCGUGACGUCCAAUUAAAUUAAUACAAAAUCAAGCUAAAGCUAAUAUGGAAAACAUCAGCAAGCAUAAUGAUAGUGGUUACCUCAAUAGCGCCUAUGUAGACACUCCAAAUACCUCUACCAUAUCUAUACCAGGUGCCUAUAAAGCGACACAAAUCGAAAGCGAUGCAGCCAGUGGUCAUGAAACCAAAAGAGAAUUAGCCAGAGGGAAACCGGAAACCCAGCAGGAUGAGAACGGGACAGCGGAACAUCAGGACAAGAAACGCGACAACUGGAACAACGAUGUCGAAUUUCUCAUGUCCUGCAUAGCACUCUCUGUGGGUCUGGGAAAUGUUUGGCGCUUCCCUUUCACGGCUCUGGACAAUGGAGGCGGCGCAUUUGUCAUACCCUACCUGAUAGUUUUAAUACUGGUGGGAAAACCUGUGUACUAUCUGGAAAUGUUACUCGGUCAAUUCUCUAGCCGUGGUAGCGUCAAGGUUUACGAUUUUUCGCCUAUUAUGAGGGGCAUUGGCUAUGGUCAAGUGCUCGCUACGGCAAUUGUCACCACGUACUAUGCGACCUUAAUGGCACUUACCCUGCGCUAUUUUGUGGACUCAUUCUAUCCCACGCUGCCAUGGAGCUAUUGCCGCGAAGAAUGGGGCUCUAGCUGCUUAGACUCAGGCCCUAAACAAAUGAUGCAAACCGCAGACAAUUCGUCAAAUGUGCGCACAACCUCAGCGGAAUUCUAUUUCACGAACAUCAUACUGCGCGAGAAACCAAGCAUCGAUGAUGGUAUUGGCUAUCCCAGCUGGACUCUUGCCAUUGCCUUGGCACUUGCAUGGAUCAUCAUUGCUGCCAUUAUGGCAAAAGGUGUCAAAAGCUCCGGCAAAGCUUCCUACUUUUUGGCUAUAUUCCCCUAUGUGAUCAUGUUUAUACUACUGGUGCGCGCACUCACCUUGCCCGGCGCAUUCGAUGGAGUACUCUACUUCUUAAAGCCGCAAUGGCACAAGCUUCUGGAGCCCCAAGUCUGGUAUGCCGCUGUCACACAAGUUUUUUUCUCACUGGCCAUUUGCUUUGGCAAUAUUGUCAUGUACGCCUCGUACAAUCGAUUCGGUCACAACAUCUACAGAGAUGCAAAUAUUGUGACUACACUGGACACAUUUACCUCGCUCCUUUCUGGUAUUAUUAUAUUCGGCAUAUUGGGGAACUUGGCAUAUGAGAACAAUACCACAGAUAUAGGUAGCGUUGUGAAUGGUGGGCCAGGUUUGGCCUUCAUCUCUUAUCCCGAUGCCAUUGCGAAAUUCAAAUUCUUGCCUCAGCUCUUCUCGGUGCUCUUCUUUCUGAUGCUCUUCGUCCUUGGCAUUGGUAGCAAUGUUGGAAUGGCCUCUUGCAUAAUGACUGUAAUCAAGGAUCAGUUCACAAAAGUGGAUCACUGGAUCAUUGUCAUCUGCAUUGCCUUAGUGGGAUAUUUUCUGGGACUGAUGUAUAUAACCCCCGGUGGUCAAUAUGUGCUUAACUUGCUGGACUUCUUUGGAGCAACUUUUGUUGCUUUGGUGCUGGCCAUAUUUGAACUUAUAGCCAUUGGGUGGAUCUACGGUGUUAAACGUAUAUGCCGUGAUGUGCAGUUCAUGCUGGGAAUCAAGACAUCUAUAUACUACCGACUCUGCUGGGCUUUGAUAACUCCUCUUAUGAUGAUAGCUAUUCUGCUUUAUAUGUUGAUACUGUACGAGCCACUUACGUACAAAGACUACACAUAUCAGACCGGAGUGUAUGUUUUCGGGUGGUGCCUGAGUGCUUUUGGAAUCGGGCAAGUACUUUUCUGGGCCAUACCCGCCGUCAGACGUCAACCUUCCAGCUUACCGCUCUGUGCGCGAAUACGCAAGGCCUUCGAGCCACUGCCCAGCUGGGGACCAACGGAGCCGCAAACAUUUAAGCGGUACCAAGCCUUCAUGCAGGAGGCCAAUGUGAGCACCAUGUUUCAGCGCAGCGGCAUUUGGCACAAAAUCUAUGACAAUAUCUUUGGUUAGCGUUGAAUUAGCAAUAAAAAGUGUGUAACGCAUAAGCGAGAAAAACGGUCGCUGUAAGCCAUGGAACUACAGCACAACCCUUUUAUGAGAACAAGCCAAAUUGGACGCCCGACUGGCUGGCUGGCUGACUCACUUCCUAACUGGUUGGUGGGCUUAAGUGGCAAAUGAAGUCACAGCGGUAGUUGCCCUAUGGCGACGACCUUAACAGAAAUCCAAGCCAGCAACUGGCGCGUUUAUAAAAUAUUUUUACAUAAAGACAUGGCUGUGAUAACGGGCCCUUAGGGUAGCGGGAAUAAACAGCAAUUGCAGCGCUCUGUAUACACACCCAUUA